AUGGGAAAUCAAGGCGAAAUAAAUUCACCGAGACAACUCGACAAUAAUGAAAGGAGUAAUGAAACACAGGAUAAUCAACAAGAACUAAACAAGAUGAUAAUUGUCAUUUACGCCCUCCUCAAAAAAAAAAAGAAAACUCGAGCCCUGAAAAUUUUGGCCGUUGGAAAUGUUACCGGUAUUUGGUCUAUUUCUGCUUAUUUUUUUGCAUUGUCACUUCUUGUUGUCGUUACGGAUACAAAAAAUACUACUGCCUUGGAAUGUGGGAAUGUGAAAUCGCAUCAGGAACUGUUGAUGACAAAGGUGAAAGAAGGAGACGUGUACAAUAAGCAAAAGAGAAAAAACAAAAAUCCAGUCAUUCCAUCUGACUGGAUGUAUAUCAUUAUUGAAUAA